CUAGCCAUCAAUAUAUAAGAAGCUCCACCACUUCCAAGCCUUCCUCCCCCACUCUCCAUUUCUCUUUUCAUUUCUUCUACUUCCUUUACUUGUACAAGUAAUAGGCAUAACGUUUCUUUUCUUCAUACAAAACAAUGAAGAAGUCGUCUGCAGUAUAUUACACUGGAUGUGAAGAACACCAAUAUCAACCUCAUUUUCUAGAUGCUUGCUUUCUUUGCCAGAGACCCUUGGGUCACAACAGUGACAUCUUUAUGUACAGAGGGAACACUCCAUUUUGUAGCCAAGAAUGCAGGCAAGAGCAAAUGGAGAUGGAUGAAGCCAAUGAGAGAAAAUGGAAGCUUUCUUCUAAGAAAUCCUCAAAAAAUACACACAGAACAAAGACAGAAACCCCCGCCAAGGAAACUGACACAAAUAAAGCUGUACGGACUGGCACAGUUGCUGUUUCUUGAAUCUUUCAAUACUCUACAUUCUUAUGGACAUGAAUUAUUAUGAGGCUACACCUCAAAAAAAAAUGGAAAAAGAAACUCUCCCAACUUAAAAAAGAAAAAGGAAAAAAGACUGCUGCUGCAAGUCAUUUGAAGAUGCCAAAAAAUAAUUUCGAGUACAAAAUCAUCUGUAAAUUAAAGACAUGAUGGGAAUCAAGAAAAUGAGAGGAAUGAAAACCAUCAAACAAUUUUGAAUCUUUACUUUUAUAUUUUUCUAAUUUUUCCUUUCGUUAAAUCUUGUGGAAUAUGUCUGUAAAAUGGGCAUCCAUAUUUGGGAUGGUUUGAAAUGUCUAAUUUCCUAUCUUAACAAUCCUUGCUUUCAUAUUAUAAGCUAA